ACCCUGCAGCACAUCAUAAUCCACCACCGAUUCACUACCCAUGUCCACACUGUUUCCACUGCGUAUGUGUGUGUUCACACUUAUGUGCGUCUCUGUGUGCAUGCAGUCAUUGAUGGUGCUGCACUAAGGAUAGACGACCGGCUUCGAGUGGCAAAAGAGAGACGAGAGGAGGCCGAUAGGCAGCAAGGUAAGAGCUCAGUCUGAAUUGUGGGUCCAUUUCUAUGGGUUGGUCAUAAUCCAUCAACAUUCUACUAGCUAUUAGCUAAGGUCUCAGGAGUCAGGCCUGUACACCAUUUUCUUUAAUGGGCCCAGUCUCUGACCGUUUCAUUCCCUAUCUACUCAUUGGAUUUGCAACAUACACAAGUGCACACAUUACAAGUCCUCAGAGGGCUUUCCUGUUGAGACAGAAAAUGCCUUCUAUAUAGUGUAGUGGAGAUUUAAUGGGGUGAUGAUUUUGACCUCUGGGCUGGUCACAAAGUAAACAAACCCAUGUGUUUUCCCUUGCUUUUUCUCUUUACACUGCACACACGCUUGCCACACCUAAACACACAAACACACACACACACACACCUAUCCAGCUGCGAAGGACUCUCAGAUCCUGGAGCGAGAGCGUAAGGCCAAGCUGCAGGUGGAGCGUCAGAUGGAGGAGCGGCAGAAGAAGCUGGACGAGCAGCGCAGGAAGGAGGAGCAGAGACGGUCAGCUGUGGAGGAAAAAAGGAAGCAGAAACAGGAGGAAGAGAAGGUACGGGUCCCUGGGGUCCUCCUCAACACCAGGGCGGCGCUACAGAUACAGCUCUUAUUUUGUGGACUACUUUUGUAGCCAAUGGCUUGGGAAUGGUGUAAAUGUGUGCACUAAACUGGAUUAUGCCGAUAUCCAUAGUAAGCAAAAAUUAUCUAUUUGAAUUGGGACGGAUGAAUUGCAGUGACUAAUCAGAUGUGCACCUAUCACGAGUUGACUACUUUCACUGCUCAGGUUCAUGGUAUUUUAUGGUGUAGCCUAAUUGACAGAGUUAAUGCUAUGUCUCGGUUAGUUCAUGAGUGAACAACUUGAGGAAAGAAUGCAUACUUUGUUACAGUGUUAUGAAUGAAACCAUAUCCUGUUUGAGCUUUUCAUGGAUGUCUGCUGCAGGAAACUCAUUCCCUCAGUGUUCUUAUUCCAGCCAGAUUGGCACUAGUGGCCUGUUGCUUUGCACCACUGCUAAGCAGACAAAUGCAACUCUACCGCCCCAGAACAAUGUAGUGUUGGUAUUCAAUAUGAAAGACUGAAUCAUUUAAAACAUAUUACAGGGAUAUUAAUUUGGCUUCAUCUAUCUAAUAGCACAUGAUCUAACGUUGUCAUCACCCCCUACCGUUUCACUAUGAUCAUAUUGUAGUGAACUGUUAUUGUCAGACUGAAAAUUGCAUUUCUCUUCGAGUUACCGACUCACAUCAUUCUGGUACAUAGGCUCAUAUUGUCAUUUUUGUACCAUUAUCCGUUUUACCCUGUUUAUUUGGGUUCCGGAGACCAAGAGUAUUACUUUGUCAUGUGAAUGACUUUGCAUUCCUCCACUCUCCCCUCUCUCUCUCGCUCUCUUGCUCUCUUCCCCUUUCCUCCUCUGUCUCUCUCCCCUUCUCUCUCUCUCUCUGUGUGUGUGCUGCAGGAGCAUUAUGAAGCGGUGAUGCGGCGGACCCUGGAGCGCAGCCAGAGAGUGGAGCAGAGGCAGAAGAGGUGGUCCUGGGGAGGACUCUCAGAAUCAGACAACCGAUCAGGUAAGGAAUCCUCCACCAUUCCACUUUGCUCUCUAUACCAUAUGGAUAGGACUGCUAAGUGUAUAGGACUCCAAGUAUGUGUGUAAGGAGUUACGGUUUCCUGCUUGUCUGACAGCGGACUCUGAAAAACGCAGGUCGGUAAAACUUGCUGUCUCAUCCUCACAGCGACUGGCUCGUUAUUGGUUCGCUGUCAGCUGGAGUUAUGUUGAUAGGCCUCGGUAUAUGUUCUGUGUAUGUCCAUGGCUUGCUUACCGACGUUUCUCAACGUUUUCUAUGUUUUUCUUUUGAAGUCUGAAUGCCUUUUAGUUUAAUGGAGCAUACUCUUAAUGUGCAGUGAGCGAUGGCAUAGCUGCCAUACUGUAUCUCAAAGGAUGUUUUUCUUUCAGACACAGCAUUUAUUAUUUAGAAUCAUAUAGGGGCUGUUUCCUAGACACAGAUUAAGCCUAGUCCUGGACAUAAAGUAUAAUCAAAGAUAAUCUCCAUUUGAAAGUGCUUUUUAGUCCAGGAUUAGGUUUAAUCUGUGUAAGGGAAUCCGGCCCAUACUUUAUAAAACCAAUGUUCAUAUUAUAGGGCAAAAAUAUGUAGGUUAUCAGGCCAUUUGACACUUAUGUGGACUGAUCCCAAAGAGCCUCAUCCGAGUCUUAUCAUGUGAGCUUGUUUCCUAGCAUCUGUGUUGUGGGCUCUGACUGUCAGAGAUGGAAAUCUACUGAUGGUUGUCAGCCAGCCCUGUUCCUCCUCCUCCCUCUCUCUCUGCAUCUGUGGGCAGUAUGUGUCUGCUCCUGUCUCCCCGCUGAGAGCCUCUCUGUCCCCCACAGAAGACCCUGACGCAGGCGCCUCCUCUCCAGUAGCUAUAGUAAUCUCCCCCGCGUCUCCAGAAAAGCCCCCCAGGACACAACAAGGUGCAGGUUGAACUGGUUGAUACCUGUACUGUACCCACAGCAAAGCAGCACGGACUGGCACUGUUAUGUUAACCACCAGCCUUUCUCUUACUCACUCACUGCCUCACUAAUAUCUUCCUGGUUCUCCCAGGGAUGGGUUGAUGUUGCUUGUAUGCACAGGUCUAGGAUCAGCUUACCCUCCCCCAAUCCUAACAUUAACCAUUAGGGGGGGAAAUGCAAGGCUGACCUUAGAUCAGCAUGUAUGGGCAACUUCACUGUCACUUCUGUCCCAGAAUCAUGUGGACUUCUUUCACUCUCACUCACUUUCAAGCACUUCCAGGUCAGGUGUCACAUCAUGGAGGCACUGAGCUCUCUGAGCAGCACUGCUGUUGACUGUUUAAUGCAUGUGCCAACUAAUGUUGACUUUCUCUUGACUGUUCACCUGUGCUAUCUAUUCAUUGGAUGUUUUCUGGAUUUUCAACUCUUUUCACUAACUGCAGUGCCUGCCUAUGAACUGGAAUGGCUUUGGUCUGCUACUUGAUGUUCUGUUAUCAAAAUGUAUUAUAUCAAUAUUCAGUAGUGCCUUAGAGAUCAAUGUUUCUUUUAAACAUGGACCCCACCGGUGUAGUAUAGAAUUGAGACUAAAUGAGUGUUGAAUGUUAAAGGCAGGUCAUUAGGACCCUGCAGAACCCUGUCCUCCUCCCCCUCCCUCUGUCCUUUCCCCCUAUCCCAGUCUCCCAGUGGUCAGCCUCCUGUAUAACCCCCUCCUCUCUUCCUGUCUGUGUAUCUCUCCCUCCUCCCCUUAGUUGACAAGCGCUCCACUUCCACCAUGAACCUGAAACAGCUGGCUGAGGCUGGCAUCAACAAGCGCCUGUCCUCCUCCUCCGCCACCCUCAUCAACUCUCCCGACAAAAGUAAGUCCCCUUCCCUCCCUCCUGCAUUCCAUCCUACCCUCCACCCAGCCGCUGUCUCAGCCCACUGUCACUGUUAUUGUCACUGCGUUGACCCUCUCCUUCCCGUGUCCAGGAGCUGAGUGACAAGCCAAUCAGCGGAACAUUAAGAGACUGGUAAACCAAUGCCGUGGCUCGCUGUCUCUGACGUCAACCAAUAAUAAACCCAGCAUGAACUUGUGAUUCCAUUGCAUCCAUUUACUGUUCACUUCCAAUUUUGUAGUGCAUUUUGUGACACAGGGAAGUGUCACAGAAUCGUAAGGAGUUGCCCCAAAGCAUCCAUGAUGUAUUUGUGAUCUCUUCUAUCCUCUUCAGUUGUCUUUGUACUGUACCUCCCUUUCUAAUGCUAAUGCAAUUCAUCCUGGUUUGAUUCACAGGGAAUUGCAUUGUUUCUGACCUCUCUGAGAAGCACAAUCAUUCUAGGUCUAACCGUUCUCUCUCCACAGCUUCCUUUUCCUCCACCAUCGCCAAGAUACUCACAAUGUUGUUUGUCCUCUUUCUCUCACUCUCUGAUAUUGCUGAUUUCACGCCUUCUCAACCUGUCUCUGUGUCAAAUUCCACUAGCCUGUUUCCUUUUUCACCAGGGUUAGAAACACAUUCUGAUAAUGUCGGCACAUUUCUUUUGUAAUAACAAUCCCUGUAACCUUGUGCCUUCCUCUGGUACGAUGAUGGGAAGGGACAAAUUGGGACAAAUUGUUAAGACCAACUACAGCAAUGUUUCUAUGACUGUGUUAUUGUGAAGGAGACGGAAAGAGAAAUGGCUGUGUCACUGUUUCACCCUGGGUGUCUACUCGUUGUCUCUCAGGUGCUCGUGUGAGGAGUUCGUCAUUGAACCGGUUGCCUAGAAACGACAAAAUCGACCUAUACACUCAGCCCAAUAAGGAAGGCAUGAAAAAGCUUCAGGUGGAACAGACAGGUGCAUAUUAAGGCCCACGUUCAACACAACCCUCCUUCUCAUGCUCCACACUCCCUCUAAUAGGUCUGAUCAACCAUUGCCUGGUGUGGCUCUGAGGCUCCUUACAACCCACUGGGCAAAGAUGUCAAUUCAGCGUCUGUUCCACGUUGGUUCAACGUGGAAACAACGUUGAUUCAACCCGUGUGUGCCCACUGGGAAGGCCCUCUUUCAGCACAGUAAACGAGUGCCUAUAGAGAUUUUCAGAUAAUUGAUCUAGAGUCUUUGAAAGUGUUCAGUUUUUUGCAUGUUUCUUAGAGCUAAAUGAAUGUUUUGUUAGGACUGAUUAGUUGACAGAUGCAGGCUAACACCAUGCACUACUGUGGUGCUGGACAUCAUGUAGCCCUCUGUCAAGAUGGAGCCAGUAAUCAGAUUAUGACCAGUACAAUGUCUUUGUUCCUUCUACUCACAUGGACCAUACAGUGCCAUUUAUCCACACAGUCCACUAACAUGGACUUUUAAGGCCAAUUGAUUUGUACUGUAAUGAGAACAAAAUAAUACUACAUUAAAUUAAUGUGGUUCUUGAGGACCUUUAUGAGAACAUGCCCCACCCCCUCUGUCCCUGAUAGGCUGUAACCCCACUCUCCUGUCUGUAGGACCCUCCCUGAAGAAGAGAAGCUCCUCCCUGACACGAGCUGGGGGGGGCAAAACACAAACCCCCUCCAAGCUUGAUAAGGGGACGACGGACGACCAAGGUGGC